AUGACUGAUCUGCCUCUGUCCCUUGAGAUUAUCAGCUUUAGUGUUGAAAAGGAGAAGAGAAAGAGGGAGAAUUACUUGGACCACCUUGCAAUCCUUGAGAUUUCCCAGUCUUCUAAGAAGGUUAGCUGCAACCAAGGCAUAACUUGGCACUGGCAGAGACCUGGAUAUCAUGGUAGGGAAGAAAAAGAGCAAAAAACAUGUUGUCAGCAUGACAAGCUUUACAAUCCUCAGAAUUCCAAGCCUGGCCUUGACAAAGAGCUCCUGGAUGUUUUGACAAGGAUAUUUCAGAAAGCUUUGGCGGGCAAUUUUGAACUGCAAGAAAAUCCGGCCUUAGUUAGAGCAAUGAUCAACUAUCUUUACACUUCUAACUAUGAAGUCUACCCUGCUCUACCCGCCUCAACCGAGUCCACUAGUGAUGACAUGCCUAUCAAUGUUAUGUCAAACAGUGAAAUGCGGGCAGAGCCAGCUCAUCUUUCCACAGUCAGGGGUAGUGAUGGGUAA